GGCCGUCUCCCAAGUGUUCGCAAGUUGGUGGAAGAAAAGGCAACGGCGAUAACAACAUUGACUGAGAAUAACUCUCCCGGCUCAGCUGCAAGUACAGGAGUAAACGGCAAGUUUCGGGUCUCGGCCACCGGCAGCUUGCAGGUUGGCAGAAACUCCAGAAUGGUUCUUAAGGAGUUACAUAUUCAUCUCUCUGCAUACUUAAAUUGUGUAUACCAAAUGGAGAAUUUCUAGGGCUAUUCAUUUGCUCUGGGAAAGAUGCAGUCUUCAAGGACUAAAAGGACUGUAAAAGCUCCAACCUUGGUGGGGGGUUCAACAUCUCAACAGAAGACCAGCGCAGAGAUUAUUAGUGAAGCCCGAUCUUCACUGAGAAUAUUAAAGACUCAAAGGCCAUUUACUCCUAAAGAUGAUCAAAGGAAACUUUUUGGGUCUACUUCUUCCCGUGCACAUGGGAAUAGACCUCCAUCUUCUUUCAGUCUUCAUGCUCGCAGUUUUGAAGGAAGUGAUUCAAGACCCUUAUCAGGAGCACGCCUCAGCCCACUUGAUCAUAAACCAAAAAUUCCUGCCUCCUCGUCUAAAGAUGAACAUCCUACCAUUCCAAAACCCCCACUGGACCCAAUAGAGAUUAAAAGAGUAAGCAAUGCUCGCGCACGAUUAUUUAAAGUAGCUUCCCAGGGAAAUCUUCUGCCUGACAAAGUGAAUCAUCCUGAAGAAAUGAUAAAGAAGUUAAAUUCAGAUGAAUCCUUCAGCAUUAAAAGCUUCUCACAUGAUGCUAAUAAAUCUGCCUCAUCACAGUUGAACACAAAUAUGUUAGCAACUUGGAACACAAAAAGUGAAGAAGAGAUGUUACCUGAUAGGAUUAUGGAGCAGACUAGCUCAGUUUCAACACAGAACAGUCUUGAGAGUGAAGAGGCUAAACAAGAUGUUAGACUUUCUAACGAUCCUGGAAGCACAGAAGAUGUCAAACAACAAAACAGAUCAGGUUCAAGUAAUGGAUCAAAAUUACAUGAAGGAGAAAGUGAAGAAGAAAUUCUGUACUGGAAUAUGAAGAUCCAGCCGAUUCUUGAUGAACUUAAGCCCCUAAACAGUGGUAACAGUGUGGAACAUCUCUGUAAAACAUGUUACAGACUCCACCAUACGCUGCAAGAGGGAAACAUGCUGGGGAAAAUGUGUAAAAGGAGAGCUGUUCUUUUGAAAACAUUAUAUAAACUGGUGGAUGUUGGCUCAGAUCAGCUCUCUGUUCAACUGGCUAAACUCAUAUUAGUGCUGAAAGUAAGUGGAAAAAAUCUUCUUAAUGUCUGUAAAUUGAUGUUCAAAGUUAGUAGGACUGAGAAUAAUGACAGUCUCUUCCAAAAUGAUGAAAUCUUGGAUUGUUUGCUGGAGGUCUUCAGUUUUGCAGAUCCACUCAGUAACAUUGAUGCUUUUUUGUACUUCAUGGGAACAAUUAAAUUCCUCACUGGGAAUGUGCUCUUACUCAAGGACCUGCUCAACAAAGGUUUAGUUGAAUCUUUGGUACAGUUAAUGAAGGAGAUAAAUGAUGCUAACAGAACAAGUGACACGUAUUUUUGUGGCUCAGGACACUUACUGGUCCAGGUCACUGCUACUCUGCGAAACUUGGCAGAUCUGCCUCAAUCCCGAUCUAGGUUCCUACGCACCGGAGCACUAUUGGAACUGUGUGUGAUAAUGGAGCAGCACAUAAAUGAUAAAGACAUUUGUUUGAAUGUAGCCAGAAUAUUCAGCAAACUUUCAGGCUACAAUGACUGUUGCCUUGUGUUGUCAGAAUGCUUCAGCUGCUACCAAUUGUUUUUGACUAUCCUCCACAGACAUCAAAGGAAGCAGGAUUUAGUAGUCCGUGUUGUCUUUAUUUUGGGAAAUAUGACUGCAAAGAACAAUAAAGCAAGAGAGGAGUUGUAUAAACAAGAGGACAGUGUGGAAACGUUACUGACUUUGUUCCAAAUAUAUCAUGAUCUAAGUGUUAAAAUCAAAGUAACUUCACCAAAGAUGCAGAGCGAGAGAGGAAUAAUUGAAUCUAAAAGCCAGAAACUUUCUGAGGUGGAAGACGUCCUAAUAAAGUUGAUAAGAGUGAUCGCUAAUCUAUCCAUAAACACCGAGGUUGGCUCUGCACUAUCUGGAAACCAAACCUGCAUGGAACUACUAAUUAAAGUAUUAGAAUCAAACGAGGUUGAUGAAUGUGAAGAACUGAUGAUGAAUGCUGCAGCAACAAUUAAUAACCUGUCUUACUAUCAAGUGAAGAAUUCUGCUGUCAGGGCCAGGCAGCUGCACAUAGCAGAAUUGAUGAUGAAGCUUCUGUUGUGUAACAGUAUGGAUGCAAUUUUGGAAGGUGCUCGGGUCUUUGGGAAUCUCUCUCGGUCUAAGGAAAUUCGUGACUUCAUUGUACAGAAAAAUGUGGAUAAAUUUAUGAUCACACUACUGGACGCCAAGCAUCAAGAUGUCUGUUUCGCUGCCUGCGGAGUACUUGUAAAUCUUACAGUUGAUAGAAGCAAACGCCCCAUUUUAAAGCAGGAUGGAGGGAUUAAAAAGUUAAUUGACUGCUUCAGAGACUUUGGGCCCACUGACUGGCAAUUGGCCAGUCUGGUCUGCAAAACAUUUUGGAACUAUAGUGAGAAAAUAACUAAUGCUGUGUUGUGCUUUGGAGAAGAAGAGACUGGAGAACUACUGGAGCUCCUGUCCACAUAUUUAGAUGAAGAAAUUGCCUUGGAUGUAGGCACUAAUGGCUCAGAUGAACAACUUAUAGAACACCACAAAGUUUGCUGGGAAUCUGAGUUUGUUCCUGUGGCCCAGCAGCUACUACACAGGAUUCAGUGUCAUUACAGUCACCUUGAAGCUUUACCAUACCCUCUUCUGCAGAACUGAUCCACUUCUAAUGAUUUCUUCCAAAAGUAUGUUGUGGUGAAAAAAAUGUUGAUUCUAUUUUGUUUGACACACUGGACCUUCAUUGCUGAAUGUUGACAUCAUCAACCAUCAUAUCCAUGUCAGGUCUAAAUAGAAAUACUUGAUUUGCACUUUGCUUGGUUUAAUUUACUCCAUGGACAACAAAAUUACCGUGUCUUGAAAAUCUAUUAUUUAAGAUUUCAAAAAUCAGUACUGUUUAAUUGAUUUAAUGUUUCACAAUUAACCAACUGGUUUCUAGAGACUGGUGUUUGACCUUUGUAUAAUGCUUACUUUAUAUUAAUGUACAGUGUAAGAUACAGUACUGGUCUGAACUAUAAUGAUAAUCUAUGUUGGAAAACUAUAUUUUUAUACAUUUAGUAGUUCUCACUGAGCUUAAACAAGGUCUUUUGUGGCACUCUAAUGUGGAUAUCAAUUUUGAGUUUAUUUACUCUGCAGGUAACAGAAUAACGUUCUAUAUUUAUGUCCUCAUUAUAAAGAACUCUCAGAGCAGUAAAUCUAGGAAGUCAUCUGGUAGAAAAAUACAGAAUCAAAUAAUUUUGUACUGCAC